AUGUAUCCCGGCCCGGCAAAACUCAUCCCCAUCCUCCUCGCCGUCACCCUUUCCAUCUUCCUCGUCGCUCUGGACAUGACCAUCAUCGCCACCGCCCUGCCUCGCAUCACCUCGCAGUUCCAUUCCAUCACCGACAUCGGCUGGUACGGCUCGGCCUUCUUCCUCACCCUCGCCGCCUUUCAGAGCACGUGGGGCAAGGCGUACAAGUACUUUCCGCUGAAAUGGUCGUUCCUGCUCGCCAUCGCCAUCUUCGAGCUGGGCAGUCUCAUUUGCGCCGUCGCGCCCGACAGCACGACCCUCAUCGUAGGCCGCGCGAUUGCUGGAGCGGGUGGAGCAGGCGUUGCGUCCGGUGUCUACACCAUCCUCGCCUUCUCCGUCCCACCAGCCCGCGUCCCGGCAUACACCGGCCUCCUCGGCGCUUCUUAUGCCAUCGCCUCUGCCGUCGGCCCGCUCCUCGGAGGUGUCUUCACAUCGGAUGUGUCCUGGCGCUGGUGCUUCUACAUCAACCUUCCUAUCGGCGGCUUGGUCGUCGCCAUGAUCUACUUCUCCUUCCACGCCCCAAAGGCCGCGACCGUCCAGCAGUCCACAAUGAAAGAGAAGAUAUUGCAACUCGAUCUGGUCGGAUCCUUUCUGAUCAUGGCCGCUGCCGUGUGCUUGAUCCUCGCACUGCAGUGGGGAGGAGCGACGAAGUCAUGGGGCAGCGCGGAUGUCAUUGGCACCCUCGUUGGCUUCGGGCUCAUCGUCAUCCUCUUCAUUGCCAACGAAUGGUGGAUGGACGAGCGCGCUCUCUUGGUGCCUCGCCUGCUCAAGCAAAAGACCUUGCGACUGAUGUCGGCUUAUGUCCUCUUCAAUUGCGGUGGUUUCUUCGUCCUCCUCUACUACCUCCCCAUCUACUUCCAAAGCAUUGAAGGCGUCUCAGCCUCCGAGUCCGGCGUGCGCAACGUCCCACUAAUCCUCAGCAUCUCCCUUCUAAGCAUCGCCUCGGGCAUCUUCAUCAUGACAACCGGCCACUACGCAGGCGUCAUCAUCUUCGCCUCCAUCCUCAGCGUCGUCGGCAACGGCCUCAUCUACACCCUCGGCAUCGGCAGCCCGAGCGGUCAGUGGAUCGGGUACCAGGUGCUCGCCGGCAUCGGGUACGGGAUCAGCAUUCAGGUGCCCAUCAUCGUGGCGCAGGGCACAUCCGACCCGUUGGACAUCUCGAGCGUGUCGGCCAUUGUGCUCUUCUUCCAGGUCAUUGGCGGCGCGAUCUUCAUCUCCAUGGCAGAGGCUCUGUUCGCCAACAAGCUUGUGCAAGCUGCUCAACAUGUCGACGGUGUCAGCGCGGCGAAGAUUGUCGCUACCGGCGCUACCCAGUUGAAGACCACGUUCCCCAACCAUCUCCUUGGUGUGCGAAAAGCGUAUCUGGCCGGCCUGAAGGAUGCGUUCACCUUUUCUAUUGCUCUUGCUGGUGUGGGUGCGGUGAUUGCCAUCGCUACAUUGAUCUUGGAUAACAGGAGUUUGAAGGUCAAGAAAGAGGCGGUAACGGAAGCAGAGAAGGAGUAG